UCACCUUUUAUCUCCCCCCCCCUCUCUCUCUCUCUAUUUGCUGUCUGACAGAGAGGAAUCUUCAAACCAACAGAGAAACGAACCCAAAAAGGCGAGAAACCCUAAUUUUGCAGAUCGGCCAUGGCUUCCCCUAAAGAGCGCGAGAGCUUCGUUUACAUCGCCAAGCUCGCCGAACAGGCCGAGCGCUAUGAAGAAAUGGUCGAUUCGAUGAAGAAAGUCGCGAAGCUCGACGUUGAAUUGACUGUGGAGGAGCGAAAUCUGCUCUCAGUCGGCUACAAGAACGUGAUUGGGGCUCGGAGGGCUUCGUGGAGAAUCCUUUCCUCUAUUGAGCAGAAGGAGGAAGCCAAAGGGAACGAGCAGAAUGCGAAGCGGAUUAAGGAGUACCGGCAGAAGGUUGAAUCCGAGCUCUCCAAUAUCUGCAACGAUAUUAUGACUGUGAUCGAUGAACAUCUCAUUCCUUCCUCGACUGCUGGAGAAUCUAGCGUUUUCUACUACAAGAUGAAGGGGGAUUACUAUCGUUAUCUUGCGGAGUUCAAGACUGGUAAUGAGAGGAAAGAGGCUGCUGAUCAGUCACUGAAAGCUUAUCAGGCGGCCUCCAGUGCAGCAGAAUCUGGUUUGUCUCCUACACAUCCUAUUCGGUUGGGUUUGGCAUUGAAUUUCUCAGUCUUUUAUUAUGAGAUUAUGAACUCACCUGAAAAGGCUUGCCAUCUUGCCAAGCAAGCUUUUGAUGAAGCUAUAUCUGAGCUGGACACCCUGAGCGAGGAGUCUUACAAGGAUAGCACUUUGAUUAUGCAACUCCUGAGAGACAAUCUCACUUUAUGGACUUCUGACAUUCCAGAAGAUGGAGCAGAGGAUGCACAGAAGAUGGACAGCUCUGCUAAAGCUGGUGGAGGUGAAGACGCAGAGUGAGGGGAAUACAGCCAUAGAGACAGCUGCUACAUGUAAAACUGGGAGGACGUUCCCUGCUAUCUUCUCAUGUCUGGGGUCAUGUUUCCUUAACCAUAAGGAUGAUUUCAGAUUUCUAUUGUUUUGGUUCCUUAUUGUGUGGUUAUUAUUUAUGUUAUCAUAAUAGUUUGAUGUUUUGGACUUUGGUCGGUCCUGUUUGCACCCUCCAGGUCUUUUUACCAUCCGCCAUUGUGGACGGAAUUUAGAGGGUUGGUGUGGCUGCUUUAGGAGAUUUUCUUCUUUUAUGAAAAUUGCGACGAAGUUCAGAGUUCAGACGGAAGACGAAACCACUGCUACCCAAUUUUCUUUUUCUUGUUUUUUUUUUCUUCCCUAAUUGUUGUUUUUGUCCUUUUUGAACUUAAAUGUAAAACCCGUAUUUUCCACAGCUAAGCCGUGUUUGAUCUUUGUGGUUGGUGACUUCAUUUUAAAA